UUCAUCAUCCGCAAUUUAUUAUAAAAAAGAAAAAAAGAAAAAAAUCAAUGCAAAGAAAACCUCAUUUUCCUCAUAUUCCUUAUUUAAUACUAUGAUAAACCCAAAGAAUAGACAAGAAGGCAGAUCAGUUGAAGAAAUUAUUAUGGAGCCUUAUUCAUACUUGAUUUCUCACCCUGGAAAAGAUAUUCGAGCUAAAUUAAUAACUGCUUUUGACUUUUGGUUGCAUGUAUCAGAAGAUAUUCUUGUAGUUAUUAACAAAGUCAUUGGAAUGCUUCAUAAUGCUAGUUUAAUGAUUGAUGAUGUGCAAGAUGAUUCAGAUUUAAGAAGAGGAGUACCUGUUGCCCAUCAUAUUUAUGGUGUCCCUCAAACUAUUAAUACAGCUAACUAUGUAAUUUUUUUGGCUUUACAAGAAGUAAUGAAGCUCAACAAUCCCGAAAUGAUUAAAGUGUGUACAGAGGAAUUAAUUAAUUUACAUAGAGGACAAGGAAUUGAGUUAUAUUGGAGAGAUAGUCUGACAUGUCCAACUGAAGAAGAAUAUAUUGAGAUGGUGAAUAAUAAAACCAGUGGUCUUUUACGAUUGGCUGUUCGACUUAUGCAAGCAGCAAGUAAAAGUGAAAUUGAUUAUACACCUUUAGUUAACAUUAUUGGUAUUCAUUUUCAAGUUCGUGACGAUUAUAUGAACCUUCAAUCAGAUACGUAUUCAAAUAAUAAAGGAUUUUGUGAAGAUUUAACAGAAGGUAAAUUCUCUUUUCCAAUCAUUCAUGCUAUUCGAAAGGAUAUUACCAAUCGACAGUUGCUGAGUAUUAUUGCUCAAAAGCCAACUUCAAUUGAAGUUAAGAAAUAUGCACUAGAAGUGAUUAAGAAGUCUGGUAGUUUUGAAUAUACUCAAAACUUUCUUUAUGAAAAGGAAAUUGAAGCCUUAAAUGAAAUCAAGCGCUUAGGUGGAAAUCCUUUGCUGGAGAAAUAUAUUGAUACAAUAAGAAUAGUAAACAACAAAUAAUCUUGUAUUAAAAAAAAA